AUGUCUGAGCUGGAGAAGGCCAUGAUCACCAUCAUUGAUGCCUUCCACCAGUACUCUGGGAAGGAGGGAGACAAGCACAAGUUGAAGAAAUCGGAACUGAAGGAGCUCAUUAACAAUGAGCUGACACAUUUCCUUGGUGAGAUCAAAGACCAGGAGACUGUGGACAAAGUCAUGGAGGCACUGGACAGUGAUGGGGAUGCUGAGUGCGACUUCCAGGAGUUUGUAGCCUUCAUUGCAAUGGUCACUGCUGCUUGCCACGAAUUCUUUGAGCAUGAGUGA